GAGGACAUAUGCGAGGCACAGUUCGUCCAAGAAUUCAGGCCGCAGGACCUGCUGGUCGCCGGUGGCUGAGGUUAGCAGCCACCCUCCGCCCAAUCUCGCCGGCUACGGCGGCUGUCAGGUAUCCUCUGUUCCCUCUCGCCUGCGGCCGCGGCGGUCAGGUGCCAGCUGUCACCAUGGCGAAGGAGGUCGAUCGGUUCGUGGAGCUGGUGGUUGUCCGGCACGGCGAGACGUCGUGGAACGCCUCCCGCAUCGUUCAGGGGCAAAUGGAUCCAGAGCUGAACGAGAUUGGAAAACAGCAGGCUGUUGUGGUGGCUCGUCGUCUGGCAAGAGAAGCUAGGCCAGCUGCUAUAUACUCGUCUGAUCUGAAGCGUGCUGCUGAGACUGCAGAAAUCAUAGCGAAAGCCUGUGAUGUAUCAAACUUAAUGUUGACUGAAGCACUAAGAGAAAGGCACAUGGGAUAUCUGCAAGGUUUGAUGUGGGAUGAUGCUGUGAAUAAAAGCCCAAGCGUUUUCAAAGGCUUCGCUAAUUUUGAAGUCAAAAAUGGUUUGGACUUUGAUGACAGAAACCACGAAUUGCCGGGUGGUGGAGAAAGUCUUAAUCAGUUAAGUGAGCGGUGCAUCUCCUACCUGAACAAAGUUGCUCAGAAUCAUAUCGGGGAGCGGGUGAUUGUUGUCGGCCAUGGUGCUGCCAUACUAGAACUCUGCCGGCACACUGAUCCACCCAACAGGUCGAUUCGCAGGAAAAUUCCCAAUACUUCACUGAACAUUUUCCGCAUUUCCGGCGUCACCGGCCGGUGGAUCCUUGAGAGGUGUGGAGACGUCGGCCAUCUCAGCGAAAAUGGCUUUCUGGAGAACGUAUUUGGCGGCGAUGGAGCCUCUGCCUAACAUUAGGCAUUAGGCGGAAACAUUUAACAGCGACUCAUCUUGUCAGUGUAUUCAGUGAUUCAAUUACCCAUAUGACUGGAAAUCUGAAACAUUUUUCCUUUUUUUUUAUUUCUAUUUUCUUCGGUUUAAUAAGCAUGAUGAAUUGAUCAUGAACUACUCGUUGUUCGUCGAGUUAGCUGUAUAUCAAUCUGCAAAUCAAUCACAAAAAAGGGAGAAAUGGCUAAUUAGGAUGUCCCU